AUGUUGAAGCUCUCGUGUAAUGCGACUGAUAAGUUACAGACCCUCUUCUCGCAUUCUCAUCAACCGGAUCCGGCACAUCGGAGAACCGUCUCCUCCGUGUCGUGCUCUCAUCUGAGGAAACCGGUUCUCGAUCCUUUGCGAGCGACCGUAUCUGCUGAUCAAGGAAGUGUGAUUCGAGCAGAACAAGGUUUGGGCACACUCGCGGAUCAGCUCAGAUUGGGUAGCUUGACGGAGGAUGGUUUGUCGUAUAAGGAGAAAUUCAUCGUCAGAUCCUACGAAGUUGGAAGUAACAAAACCGCCACUGUCGAAACCGUCGCUAAUCUUUUGCAGGAGGUGGGAUGUAAUCAUGCUCAGAGCGUAGGAUUCUCGACUGAUGGGUUUGCGACAACACCUACCAUGAGGAAAUUGCAUCUCAUUUGGGUCACUGCCAGAAUGCACAUUGAGAUCUACAAGUACCCUGCUUGGGGUGAUGUGGUUGAGAUAGAGACAUGGUGUCAGAGUGAAGGAAGGAUCGGGACUAGGCGUGAUUGGAUUCUUAAGGAUGUUGCUACCGGUGAAGUCACUGGCCGUGCUACAAGCAAGUGGGUGAUGAUGAACCAAGACACACGACGGCUUCAGAAAGUUUCUGAUGAUGUUCGGGACGAGUACUUGGUCUUCUGUCCUAAAGAACUCAGACUAGCAUUUCCUGAGGAGAAUAACAGAAGCUUGAAGAAAAUUCCGAAACUCGAAGAUCCAGCUCAGUAUUCGAUGAUUGGGCUUAAGCCUAGACGAGCUGAUCUCGACAUGAACCAGCAUGUCAAUAAUGUCACCUAUAUUGGAUGGGUUCUUGAGAGCAUACCUCAAGAGAUUGUAGACACGCACGAACUUCAGGUCAUAACUCUGGAUUACAGAAGAGAAUGUCAACAAGACGAUGUGGUGGAUUCACUCACCACUACCACCUCAGAGAUUGGUGGGACCAAUGGCUCUGCAUCAUCAGGCGCACAGGGGCAAAACGAUAGCCAGUUCUUACAUCUCUUAAGGCUGUCUGGAGACGGUCAGGAGAUCAACCGCGGGACAACCCUGUGGAGAAAGAAGCCCUCCAAUCUCUAAGCCAUUUCGUUCUUAAGUUUCCUCUAUCUGUGUCGCUGAUACUUCACGAGUCUAGUCAGGUCUCAUUUUUUUCAAUAUAAAUUUGGGUUAGACUAGAGAACUGGAAUUAUUGGAGUAGUCUUUGUGGAAUUUAUGAGUUUUCGUUCUUGUUUCUGUACAAAUCUUGAUGAUUUAAGCCAACAAACCCAUUUCAUCUUA